AUGACCGCUAUCGCCACUGUGCCAGUGAUGAAUGAUCAAGAGUCCGAGAAGAAUUCUAGGGUAGACCAUAGUCCCUCGCGGUUCACGGCAGUGAAUGGAAAGGAUUCCCUCACAGAGGGACUUGCUGGUGAGGACGGCAGUCCAAGAAGUGGAGAGAACCGAGAGCCUACUGAAGCCUGGCCGCGUCCCGCAUACGAUCGGACCGCCCGGCAUGAAGAUACUUUGAAGGAGAAUGGGAAUACCGGUAACGACAUAGACGAAACACAGUCAAAACGAUCAACUCCCCAUGGCUCUCUCAUUUCAUCCAACCGGGUCAAAAGAAGAAGGUCGGAAUCUGACGAGCCAGAAGGAUCUCGCACGCCGUACCAUGGCCCAAAAAGCCCAGUUUAUCCCGCGGAGGGCAUCGCAGAACAUUCUCCACGGGAAGGUACCACAAAUGGAAUCAUGAGUUCUCAAAGCGAUACCGAUUCGAAGCGCACAUCUCCCCAAACACACGCCAGACCAGAGGAGGGUGAAAUUACUCGAAGAUCGUCGACAAACACCAGUUGGCAUGAAUACGAUGCACAACUCCUGAAUCAAGCCCAGCGGGUCCAGCAAAUAGAUGCGUCAGAUGCCCAAUUGGCCGAGGCGCUGCAGCGUGAGGCUCAGGGGCCUGAUGCCGUUCAUCAUAAGACUUGGGAUGGGGUCAAUCAUCCAAUCGUCGAGGGCUCUAUACCCAGUGAGCAACCCCCAACGUCUUCUUUCCCUCAAGAUCGGUCGCAAAACGCCGUGCAAGUCGCACCCAAGAGGAAGCGCGUUUUCAGCAAUAGGACGAAGACUGGUUGCAUGACUUGCCGGAGGCGGAAGAAAAAGUGUGAUGAACAACAUCCAGCUUUUCUGAUUGCCAUUGCAGGCAACAACUGCCUUAGAGGUGGUUUUAUUUGCGAAGGAUAUUCAUCUCGCAGCACAUGGCAGAAACCUUCCAGCUCAAAAACGCCGGUUCCGCUGCAGUCGAAGGAAGGUUACCCAGAUACCGGUGGACAUUAUAUUCACGACUCCAAUCAGCAUGAUCGCCAGAAAAGCCUGGGAGAACCGCUUGACGCAGGGAAAAUGAGGUCGAUGGUUGUUGACGAUGACAACCGUCCUACGACACAGUUUAACACCAGUCCCACGGGCGUUGGGUCCAGUCGGGGCUCCUGGCCGAAGCGAACCUGGUCAGGCGCAAAUCACACCAGUUACAUCGCAGAUUCUCUACCGAAAUCAGACUUUCGGGAAGUUCCAUCAAUCCACGAAUUGUCUCGUGAAGGACAUACCAAAGGUGAUUACCCACUAGUUCCACCAAUAAGGGAACUUUCCCACGGUGGGCAUACGAAACCAAACGUCCCUUUAUUCCAAGGUGGAAUUGAUCAGCGACCAGCCCAUACCAGUAGUAUUGACACCAGCACACCCCAGGCACAAGCCCGCAUGGCGUUGAGUAUUGAGCACCAGUUAUCUGGUCGGGCUGUUUCCAAUGAAGAAACAGAAAAGGACAAGAUGUUACGUGGUGAUUUAUACAGGCCUUUCGAUGUCAUCCUCGUGGAAGAAAGAGAGCGAUGUAGAGCCGCUCUUUGGCGAUUUAAUAAUGCCUGCAACCCUGUUUCGGGACUUAGCACCAAAGAGCAAAACCGUUUAUUGAAGGAGAUACUGGUCCCCCAGACGUCUAUCAAUUCACCACUGGGCACUGCAUCACCGAGGCCCGCAGGGUCUAUUGCCCAGGGCGCUGUGGUAGAAGCGCCGUUCCAGUGCCAUUACGGUUAUAAUGUCCAUAUUGGCGAGGACGUCAUGAUAUCUGAGAGCUGUCUUUUUGUUGACGACUGCUCUGUCACAAUUGGGGCGCACACAUGGAUCGGUCCCAGGGUAACCAUUUUGACGUCGAUGGCGCACGCAAAUAUGCAGGAAAGAAAAGGCUCGCAAAGCCGAUACCAAGGCAGGCCCGUCACAAUCGAAGAAGACUGUUAUGUCGGAGCCGGCUGUACUAUCUACCCUGGUGUCCGUCUGCGGCGCGGAGCAUAUGUCGCUCCCGGUGAGGUAGUGAAAACCGACAUUGUCGCGUAUGGGUUCCAGGGACUGAAACCAAGCUAUAUGUGA